CAGCGAGCACAUGGUGAUGUUGAUUAUUGACGUAUAACAGAUAAUGAUGUUCGGAUAAUAUGUGCAGUAAACAAAAUCUACAGUGCGAUAAUGAUAAUGGAGAACUCAAAUUGCUGCUGCGUCAGUUACAAAAAUCUUUCAAAAUUGUACAACAAUGUGUAUCAACCUGGAGUUUGGUCCUGACAGAGUUAAGACCACAUGUUGUGACACUGAACAACCUAACAGAGCAGUUCUCCUCCUGCCACAGUGUUACAAAUAUUCAACUGACAGCUCUCACAUCACAGUUACCUGAUGUCAAAGAUAAACUGCUGCACAAAGUACAACAAGAAGUUGAUGCCAAACUUGUCAUCAUGCAAGAAAAGCUGUCUACAUUACAUGAAUUAUGUGGAAAGAUCUCAAAGCAGUGCAAAUAUUCCACUGAUUUAUAUACAAAGAAUUGUGUUUCGCUUGACUUGAUCACUGUAACCUCAGGAUCUGCCACCAGGCCAUCAAUAGCAGACAUGCUUGAAUGGCUUCAGGAUACAGAGCAAUUGUUUCUACAGAGAUACUGGGCUCGGGUUCAUAUCCUCGACCAGUUCAGACUGGAGGACAAAUCUACACACUUGCCUGAUAAUACUACCUGGAAUGGUGAUGAUAAUGACAUUCAGAAACAGUUCCAAGAGAAGAUGGUAUACUUGACCUUAUUUCUGGAGGAAAAGCUUUGAAUGGAAAAUGGAUUGAUAAACCCACAAUGGUACGUUUCUGCUCAGUAGAUGUAUAUGGUAUAAAUAAAUACCAGAAACAGGACUGCUGAUUACCAGUACAUACUAGAAGUCAGUCUGGACACUGAUCACAGGUAUUACUGACACUAUAUCACAGACUCCAGGAGGUCACUUUGGAGUAUCCAUAUUAUAGCAAUGAAAAAGGAUGUAUCAGAUGUUCAAUACCAAGAUUUCCAGUACAGUUUUGUGAUGGUAGAACUUGAUGAGCUAAGAACCAGAUAAAACUGCCAAUCUAUGUAUUGCAGAGCUACAAGAAGUGCAGGUAUGGCAGAUGAUGUCAUAAUGCACUUAUCUUGUGUGGUCACUUUUAAAAAUCUUGUCUUUAUUGAGUACUGAAGAGUUUAAUCUUUUAUAUAUAAUGUAUUUUUAUGAUUGAUAAAUAAUGAAAUUUAACAAAGAAUAAAUGUAUGUAAAUGAG